AAACCAGUGCGGUAAACCGGAUAAAGAAAACUACUAUAGCGUCAACAAUUUCAAGUUGAAACGAACAAACAUCAAUUUUGAUCGUAAUCAGACGUAUUCACAACCGCUGAAUUGAUAAAAUCGCAUGAAUAAGUGAAGGAAAAAGAGGGUUUUGAAAAUUAUAAUAGUGUUGUGCGUAUCGCAAACAUCUGCAAAUGUGGCGGCAGGGGGGGGUUUAACGGGGGCAAAGCCAAAAGCAGGCUUACCGCGUCGAAUGUUUUUGCCCUAUUGUUCGGCAAUGUCGUGAGUCGUAAGUGCGAGGAAGGUACAACGUUUUUUUUUUACACUCUUUCGUUCAGUGUUGUCUUAAAGCGUGUAAAAAACACCGAGUUUUAAUCAAACAAGGAUAAUGUUUAAAGUUUCGAUUUGUAUAAAGUGCCCGCGCUGUGAGAGACGGAGAUUUCGGUAAUAACGGAUGUAAAGGGUAGUGUGGGACAUUUUAGGGCCCACGGGAGAAACCUUUGUCAUGGAUAUGCAGGCUCCCAAUGGAAUGGGUCUUUCUAUGAAUUCAGUGUACGCGUCCAUCCCUGGUAUGCCCGAACUAGGGAUGGUAUGGAUGGGCGACAUGAUGGUUCACGGUGAACCCACCCACGAGCUAAUGAUGGAUCCUCGCCAAGCAGAAAGUCCUUUUUUUGCGCAUACAACGCACUCCUUUGAUGACAUGAGGAACCACCAAAUUGCACCCACUACCAUGGUCAGAUACAUGCCCACUCAGUUUCCUAACGAGUGUUCCGAACCAGACGAAGCCAUGGAAGCUGUUGAUGGCCAGGACAUGCAACAAGAAUACGACCCUCAGGUAGAAGAUCCGGAUAUGAGCGAAUAUCUAACAUUGGAGGAUUAUAUGGGUGACGAGGAGCGAGAACAAGUCGUGAACAAUGCAGCUACCCAAACAACACAGGACAAUAGAAAUAGAAAAAUCAAGCCGAUAAAACAUCCUGGUUUGGUAUUGAAAACACCAAUCGCUUAUCAGCCUCACACAGAUCUAAACUUUAUUCCCAUACGAAAAGAUGGAAUAGCUGUAUGCGAGAAAUGUGGUGCCAUCGGAGUGAAACACGCUUUUUACACGAAAGAACGAAGAUUUUGCAGCAGAGCAUGUGCUCGGUCUUCGGAACAUGCCGCACCUACUGCAGAUUCCACUUACAGCCCGUCAUACCCGGCCGACCAAUCCAUUUCACCGAAUAUUCAACAAAUUCCGAUCGAAACUAAAUCAGUUUUGGAAGAUAAACAAAUAAAGGCAGAAGAAACCGAGUCCGAAGAGUCAAUCGUUAUGAAAAAGGAGAAGGAAAAAGUUGUAACGGAAACUGUGAUGCCAGAAGAUCUACCGGUCAGACGAAAGAGAACGGCGGAAAUGGCAGGAUCGUACGAUUGGACACCUCAACUUACCGAACCGGGAUUUUGCGCUGCUCCGGUGUCGUGUUUCAAACACGCGCCAAUAUCUGAAAUUUGGGACAACAUCACGGUCGGGAUGAAAGUGGAAGUGGAAAAUACCGACUGUGACGAAGUUUGCGAGGCGUUCCCGGAUUCUUUUUGGGUCGCAACUGUUUUGAAAAUAUCCGGCUAUCGAGCACUACUGAGGUACGAAGGUUUCGGCCACAAUUCAGAAAAAGAUUUCUGGGUGUCGUUGUGCUCGAAUGACAUACAUCCGGUUGGCUGGUGCGCGACAAUCGGAAAGCCCCUGAUACCACCCAAUACAAUUGCAAACAAAUACAAAGAUUGGAAGGAUUUCCUGAUGCGACGAUUGACCGGUGCGAGAACGUUGCCGACUAAUUUUUACAACAAGGUAAACGAAAGUAUGAAAUCACGCUUUCGUUGCGGUCUUCAUUUGGAAGUUGUCGACAAAAAUCGUAUAUCUCAGGUGAAAGUAGCAACGAUACAAAAGAUCGUUGGUAAACGUUUGCACGUAAGAUAUUACGAUUCGGCGCCUGAAGACAAUGGUUUUUGGUGUCACGAGGAUUCGCCGUUGAUACACCCGGUCGGUUGGGCCAAAAUGGUUGGACAAACGUUGGACGCCUAUCCGGAAUAUAUGGAAAGAAUAACGCAUUCGAAACUGUGCUCCGACGAUUCGACCGAGGGAUUAUUUCACGUGCCAAAGAAUCAUCAUCAACAAUUGGGUUAUACAUUUCGAGAAGGAAUGAAGAUCGAGGCGAUCGAUCCUUUAAAUUUAUCCUCUAUUUGCGCAGCGACGGUUAUGCAAGUUCUCAAAGAAGAUUAUAUUAUGAUAAGGAUCGAUAGCUACGACGAAGACGCCAGCGGGGCUGAUUGGUUUUGCUACAACGUUGGAUCACCUUGCAUAUUUCCCAUUGGGUUUUGCUCUCAACAUGGAUUACCCCUUACACCACCCAAAGGCUAUGAUCCCACCACUUUUACUUGGGAAAGUUAUCUCGCUGAAACCAACGCCAUUCCAGCACCGGUUCAGCUAUUCAAUCGGGAAGUUCCACCACACGGAUUUAUUGAGGGAAUGCGAUUGGAAGCCGCUGAUUUAAUGGAUCCGAGAUUAGUUUGCGUGGCAACAAUAACGAGGGUGAUCGGUAGAUUAUUGCGUGUACAUUUUGACGGAUGGGAGGAUGAGUACGAUCAGUGGCUCGAUUGUCAAAGCCCCGAUAUUUAUCCUGUCGGCUGGUGUGAUCUCGUUGAUCAUAAAUUAGAGGGACCGCGUGUGCUCGUCAAAAACACUAGUCCUACCGUUAAAACACCAAGAGGCCUUAAACGUAAAACUAAGCGAAAAUUGAAAAAAGGUGGCAAAUUAUCUUGCGCGAAGAAUAUAUUGCAUCGACAAAGCGAGCGUACGAGUACGACGCGCGAACGAGAACGAGAACGAGAACCGGAGCCGGCUCAGGGUACGAAAAUCGAGAGAGAUCGGGAUCUCGAGAGUUUGCCAGAGCAAGGAAGUAGAGAACCGGAAACGGCGCAGGAACCAGCUGGUCCUGAUCAAACAUUACCAAGUCCUACCAGCGGACAGGGUCAAUCUUUGAACGAAACGCAGAGCGAAAUUCAGAGUCCACCUCCGCCCAAAGAAAGAACCGCCACAUCGUACAUAAACGUUACAUCUGCGAGUGGGAAAUACAUUCCAAGGUUAGCUGAUGGACUGCAUAGAAAUUCGGAGAACGGUGAGCUCGUUCCAGCGGAAUGGAACGUAUUCGACGUCGCACAAUUUUUACGGGUUAACGAUUGUGCGACAUACUGCGACAACUUUAGCAAGAGAAAAGUUGACGGUAAAACAUUACUUGUAUUGACCAAGGACCAAAUAAUAGAUCUGACGGGUUUCAAGGUCGGGCCAUCCUUGAAGAUAUACGACCUCAUUCAACAGUUGAAAAUCAAAGUGAAUCCGGCUCAGGAAAGAUUAAAAUUAGGACUGAAAAAAUCGUUAUAACGUCGGAGAAUGAACAGUCACGUUAGUUAACAUGACGAUUGGUGAGUUCGGAAUAUCGGACUAGAAAAAAGGAUGAGAAAUGAAGAAAAUUCAGUAAAAUAAGAAUGAAAAGAAUGGAGAUAGGCGAUUAGGUUAGAUCUUGAAUUUACAGGUAAGGCGUGUGACUACGUUUAAGUUUCAGUUUACGAUCUGUGUAAUUAAACAUUUUGCCAUUGUUUCAUUUUUAUAAUCUUCCGCAAGUUUUUUAUGCGAUAUCGUAAACCCGGUUUCGGCGUAUCAACCAAUUCAUAACAAGAAAAAUAGUUUGAAAUUUUUCGUUUUCUUUAUAAGAAAGAAGGUCCGAAUACGAAUCAUUUCUCACAAUAAAAAAUUCGAACGAAAAGAAAACAGACGAUUGUCUUACUUUUUUUGGGGCGGACUUUUUAGUUGUGAAAAUAAAACGAUACUGACGAUUCUUACGGAACAUAUUGAUAAAUACAAUCGACGAUUUUCAUAAAGAGUUCGUCAUUAAAAAAAGGGGGAUCAGCAUCGCGGCAUUAUAAAAUAUUGGAAGUGAUUUCGUCGAAAAAUAAAUAAAACUUAAUUUCGUAACCGUCGAGCACUCGUCCAUUAUAGAAGAAAAAUUGAUUGAGGGAGAGUCACAAUUGUUAUCGGAGCGUAUCAAUUCAUCGAGCUGAUAGAUAUUUGGUACCAUUACUGUGAAUCACAUAUUUUUAAUGACAGGAACAUACGAAUUUAACCAAUCUUAUUCGAAUUAGUUUUAUUAAGCUGAGUUAUGAUAUGACUUAUUUGUAUUUUCCAAGUGUUGCUCUUAUUUUUAAAUACCAGUGUAUGAUUGCGUACAUUACACCCGAGUGCAGCCACAUAAACAAACCCAUGCACGACAUAUGUAUAUAUAAAUAUUAAAUAUGCAGGGUGUCGUACGACGAUUGUUACAAAAUGUGAAGUUAUUAAAUAUCAGGAGUUAAAAUCCCAGUAGAAGAGUCUAGAAACGUUUUUAGUUGGUGAAUUCGCUCAUCGAGAGUAGUGUCUAAACAUGUGGGUAUAGAGCAAAAUGAUCCAAGACCAAUUUCGCAGCACGUUAAAUUUCAUACGAAUAGAAUUUCGACCGUUUUUCUCUAUUUUUUUCUUAGUUGAAAACGGCUUUACAAAAACGGUCCCAUGGACUUUUGCUCUAUUUUAAAUCCUUGCCACGUUACGUGCGAUGAAAAGACCUUUAUCUUUCGUAUUCGCUAAUCGAUUAAACACUGCUGGAUUUUUCUUGGCCAGAUUUCGAUCCUGAACUUACGUUAAGAAUUUGUACCCUCAGGAGACACCCUGUGUACAUAUUUUAUGGACGCGUGAACUAUUUUUAAAAAAUCAGCAUCCCCGGAUUAGCCUCUGAAGGAGAAGAGGCUUAUUUUUUCUUCAACUCGCAGUUUUUGCUUUCGAUUAAAUAGAAGUGAAUGAAAUGCAUUAGUUAUUUACGAGUUAAGAUAAAUGCUGCAAUAAUUUGUCUUCGGUUAACAACAACAAUGAAACAUUGUUUGACUCGAAUGAGCUCAGAAUCACACGAAAUUUUUUGUACUGACUUAACAACUUCGAGAGCAUUUUUUUUUUUAGUUCAUUGAGAAAAAUGUAUGAAAUGUAUUACAAAUUUGUGCAGUGAUUUUUCAUAAAAUCAGUGAUGAUUUUCGAUUGUUGAAAAUUCGAUUGUGAAAAAUCAAUAAAAUAAAAUAACAAGCGUC